GGCUAGUUCUUAAUGGAGGCGUCUGUUUUGUUUUUAGCUGACAUGCACAUCACACACUGUUGCUAACCUACCGAGUGAAGUAAACCAUUAACUCAUUCGUCAAACCGGAUUUUUCCUUUUUUGCCGCGUGUGAUACCGCGGAGGAUGUUGGAAGUUAAACGGCUCUUGUUAUUCGAGACAUUUUUGUCCCUUUAGCGGAGGAAAUAGUACGGGCGCUGCAGUUAGCUUAGCCAGCUAGCCGCCCUGGGUGGAGCAGAUAGACUAACGUUACUGGGAGCUGAGGAAAUGCGCUGACUGAAAUCCCUUACAAAGCUGAGAAUAGCAGAAACAUGAAUCGCAUUCAGGUGAAUCUGCGAGGUUUGCCUUCCCAUGUCUUGGAAGCAGUGUGCAGACCAGAUACAGCGCAAAACACCAGGUUACCAGAAAACAUCAUCAGCCCUUUGACAUUUCCUAAAUCUAAAAUGCACCUUUGGGAUCCGACUCCUAAUGGAGAUCUUGUCAGUCUUCAUCUUACCUGCUAUAGAAAGCCUAGGCUACUACUCAUGGAGAAAGCGCUGCGUUUGGCUCAUCGUCAUGCACGACAGAGCAAGAAGCCACAGUUUUUCUGCUUCCUCAUUGGGACGCUAGCUGUGGAGAGCGAUGAGGAAGGCGUCUGGAUCACAUUGGAUCGGUUCGAUCCUGGCAGAGAGCAGCCUGAUGGCUCCACAAAAUCUCCAACUGCCCUCCUCCCCGGCGACGUCCUGGUGCCAUGCCUGUUCGACACUCAGCGUGUUCCCGACAGCACUGUGUACUCUGCACAUGACCUGGACAUCACUUUUAAGAUGUUGGAGCAUUCAUGCAGCAGCAGAGAGACGAUGGAGCUGUGUAAGCUGAUAAGUUUGCGUGUGCGUCUCAGCUGCGUGGAGAACAUGGACCGGCUGAGUUUCAGUGUGCACUGGGCAGGCGUGACACUGGCAAGCUCACUAGAGGCCGUCCCAGUGCGAGUGCUGCCCAUCAUCCCUACUGCACUGGCCAGGAACCUGAGCAGCCUAGCCAGCAUGGCACAACCUCUCCACUCCCCCACUAACACAAGGAAACGAGGAUUCCUGACCAUGGACCAAACCCGCAAACUGCUCCUCAUCCUGGAGUCGGAUCCGAAGGUCUACACGCUUCCUCUUGUUGGAAUAUGGUUAAGUGGUGUUACCCACAUCCACAACCCAGCGGUGUGGGCGUGGUGUCUGAGGUACCUGUACAGCUCCUCCCUCCACGACAGAGUGAUGUCGGAGGACGAUGCGUUCCUGGUGGUCCUGUACUCGCUCACUCACCGGGAUCCUGAGUUUUACCAGUGCAAGCUGCGUGGGCCGAAAGAUAUGAACUUUCAGCUUCUCAGCAGCACAGAGUCACUCACACUUUAUAAGAAUGUGGAGCCAGCAGAGGGACGUUCGCUGCACUUUGAACUCGGCGCCGAGAAUCACAAUCAGGAGGCUGAGCUCUUUAAAGAGGCACUGUCUCGUUCAGCAUUACCAAGGGCUUCAUCUUCAGCUGCAGUCCAGAACAAACUGUCCAUCAGUGACCAUGACUCAGGAGUGGAAGAUGAGGAUCUCUCUCCUCGGCCAUCUCCUAACCCUCACCCCAUCAGUCAACAGACGAGACAAGUCCAGCCCUCUGUCCCGGAACUCUCCAUGGUUUUGGAGGGCAGUUUUCUUGAUGGGAAGGUCGUGGAAUCCCAUGAGCACACCCUCACGCAUCCUGCCCAAUCAAAUCCUCAGCUUAGGAGCUGUAGCAGCAGUGCUCUACCCUCGCACCCUGCACCACGACCACCUGCUCAGAGUGGUCCUCCACCCAUCAGGAGACCUCUGACCCCAGUUUUGUCCCAGCCAAAGCUCCAUAGAACACAGUCUACCACUGGGCACCAAUCCUCCACAUGCAGGAAAUCUGUUCCGUCUGUUGGCCGAAGAUCGAGCAACGGCUUCUCUGUGUCAUCGUCUUCUUCUUCAUCUUCUUCACCCAAGACUGGUUCAUCCCCAAAUGGCUCUUUUCACGAGCACACACCGAGAUCUGGUCACCAAAACCAAAAGAGCAAAAAGGUGUCUGUCAUCUCAGAUCGGACACCACUUCUGCCCCCUUCUCAGCAUAUGGUGCUCCAUAGCACCCCAGCUUUCAAACCCACUUGCAGCUGCUGCCCUACCCACCAUGCCCACAUGCCCAUUUACCAGGGCAACACCUGGCAAGGGACUCCACUAGUGCAGAACCCUGUGCAUUGUCCUCCUGAUAGUAGUCCACCUCAGGAAUGCGGUCUUUCCCCUACCAGGCCUGCAUUAUCUCUCGGGUGCCGCAUAUCGCCUACUAAGAGCCCUGUGUGCCAUGCUGGUAUUCCCCUGCACUACACUCCACCACACGGGCCACACGUUCCCAACAGCAACCCUUGUGGUGGAGUUCUGGACCAGACAGUGCCUGUGUGCCAGGCCCAGUGCUGCCACCACCAGCCUGGUCCAGCGGCAGUCACUGCGCCAGAUGUAGGCAUGGGCCUUCUUCCUGCUGAUGCUUACAGAAUGCUAAUGGAGCAGGACCGGCAACUAAAGCAACUGCAGGCUCAGAUCCAGAAACUUCUUGAUGCCCAGAGUAAGGUACCAGAGCCACUGCCAGCACCUCCAGAAGAGCAGCAGGAACAGGCCAUUCAGACCUCUGCACUUUCUGAGCCACUAAAGAAGACGAGUGUGAGCAUCGCAGUAGGAACAGGAGCCAGUUUGUUCUGGAGCGCUCCCGAUCAAAGCUCUGUACAUGAAGGUCAGUUUAUCGAGUGUCGUCCUGAGGCUAACAGCACAGCGUCCUCCACACUCAGCUCAGAGAAGGUCCACCAUAGCAGAGAAGAACAGAGCCCUGUGACACCUCGACACUCCACAUCAUCACCACAACACAACACAUCAGAUGUAGCAGGUUCUUUUCAGAGUCCUGUGCUAGGAGAGAGUGCAAGCAUGUAUUAUAACCAGUCUCAAAACACAGAGGACUCUCAAAAUGGAGAAAUACCUGAUCAAAGAUUUUAUCAAGAAUUACUAGGUCAAGUAAAAAGCCGUCUCCAAGAUUGUGUAACUGAAGAAGAAAAAAUGGAGCAAAAUUUGCAUAGCCCUCGUCCCAGACACAGUCUGUCACCUAAGAAUUCUCCUCCAAGCAAACCUGCACUCAGAGAGCAGCAUGCUAAGGGUUCAGAGGAAGACCGGGUGUUCAGCGCCACACUAAAACAGCUGCAGAGCCUUGGCGUCAGCGUGGAGAUCGAUACAGGAAAGUCCAUCCGCAACACUGUGGAGAGUGCCAGCACACUGGCUUGCAUAAACCCUGAGGCAGUCAUCCCGAGGCUGGCACUUUCUGAGCCAGUGGGCACCAGCAUCUGGGGACUGAGCGGCGGCGUGGAUCUGAGUUUAGAAGCCAAUGCCAUCGCUCUAAAGUACCUCAGCGACUCUCAGCUGUCCCGCCUGUCACUAGGAGGCCAGUCUCCUGGAGCACAGUCCAACCCCAGCACACUGCUUUUUGGAAGAACUCCGCUGGAUAAGAGCAGCACCGGACUGAGCAUCCUUUCUCCCAGCAACAUGUCACUAGCCACCUGCAAGUACAUGAAGAAGUACGGACUGAUGGAAGGUGAAGAGGAAGAGGAGGACUACGGCAUGAGAGCACAGACCGACUCUGCACUUGGCUGCUCUGUCCAACUUGACACAUCAGAAAGCAUGGGACGAGAGAGAGAAACUGGUUUUAUUCUAAAAAAUGUAAGUAACAAGAAGCCUGAGCCCCCUUUUUCCACUGAAGACUCUCAAAGCAAGUUAAUACGAGACCUGAGGCCUAAAAUGCAGCUUCUUGCUCACACAAAAACAAGCCCAGAGAAGGAGAACAACCCAAAAGGCGUCAUUUGUCAAGCUCGACCUCAGCGCCGAUCCUCUUUAUCGGACAACCAGAGACUUGCUUCAGUGCCGGAAAAUCAAGGCUCUGUCGGGAAUUUUCUAGACCUCAGCAGGUUACGACAGCUCCCUAAACUCUUUUAAUUUUUUUUUUUCCUUCAUUAAAACAUGACCGGGACUUGUUUUUAUCUUUUAAUCGUGCAUAUACUUAAGAAUGUACAUUUAUCACUAUGCUUGUAUAUUUUAUACUAUUAUUAUGGAGAUACUCUCUUGUUUUAAAUGUGUGUUUGCACAUGUUCCCUCUUGUACAGUGUGGAAUACUUUACCUUUUUUUGUUCUUUUAUUAUGUUUAUGGUUGUAUUGUCUUGUGUUUGUAGAAAGUGAUGCCAGUCGUUUUAUGAAUUAAAGAACCUUU